CGCCACACGCGCCCGGAGUUCGGUGGGACAGCGCCGGUACCGGACCGGAGCCGGGACCGGGACCGCAACCGCCGACAGAGCCGCCGGGACCGGCACCGGGUCUGCCGAGAUCCCUAUGGCAGCAGGAUCGCUACUGGCACCGCCGAGAGACCCCCGGACCGGGACCGACCACCCCCGUGCCAUGGCGGGCGGCAGAGGGGGAUCCCGGACGCGGCCGAUGACAUUGGCCGAGGCGGGCCCGGGCACGGAGAACGAGCGGCUGGGGGUGGUCCGGCUCAGCAUGCUGCGUAACCCGCUCAUUCUCAAGCCAGAAGUGGGAAAGCCCAUGAGAAACUGCUACUCUCUGCCAGGCCCUGAUUUUACCUAUGGGAUCUACCAAGGCGAGAGAGAUGGAGGAGUCCCUGAAGCCAUAGGCCACUGGGACGUAGUGAAGGCCAGACCUCGUAAGAAAAAGGUCAUGCCCCGAGACUUCGUGGCCAUGGGCCGUAGGGCUGUGGAGGAAAGGUGCACCACAGCCCGGGAGUUUGCUCUGUACUACAAAUUUAAGGACCUUCGCCUCAAAGAAGACAGUAUACUCAGCAAAUAUGCUCGCAAGAUACCUCCAGACAUGACUUUUGGCAAGCCCUCACGGCCUCCCUCUCCCUUUUUUGACAUCAUGCAACACAGAUUCAAGGAGCUGUGGAUGGAAGAGCAGAGAGCCCGGACUGUGGUCCAGCGCGUGAUGAAGAAGAAAAAGCUCAGCGAAGGGGUGCGUGAUAAUCGCACUCAGUACCUGCGCAUGCACCCACCACCCAAGAAGGAGGAGUCCUUCUGGCACCCACAACGCUUCGGGAAGGUUGAGCCUCAGCUCAGGACUUUUCCGGACCCUGACUCUCUGAAAAAGGCUCUGAGUGCCAGGAUCCCCUGGAAGUGGUCCCCGACCCCAAUGGGCCGGCGCAGCCCAGCCCGCACGGGGCACAGCCUCUGUAUUCCAGAUUACUCUAGGAAAUAGACUUUCUCUCAGGUUUUACAGUUAUGCUAAUGCACAUAUAGCCAAAUAAACCAUAAA